AUGUUGCUAACUCGCCGCGCAAUAAGCGCAGACCCCUUACAUCCGGCUGUGAUAACAGCUGUAGUAGGGAGGAGUGGGUGGUCUUCCGUCACCUCGUUUGAGAGCGUAAUGUCACGCAAAGAGCAGCCAGAUUGGCAAGGGAAACUCAAGAUUUCAUUCCCCCACGAUAACAGUACCGGACGCUCGAGGGCGCUAGCGCAACCUUCAACAUCUAAGCCUAAAACGAUAGAAAAUAUAAUACUGACAGACUGUUACACAAUACAAUGGAUGAUAGCGAUAACGCUGGUGUCAUCAGUCGCGUCAACAGACAAGCGGCCACAUUUCACCAUAGAACCUCCACCACGUGUGUUAUGGCCGGCAACAAGAGGUGCCCACGCGUUGUGUCGAGCCUCUGGACAUCCCACACCAGAAGUCCACUGGGUCACUGCUGAAGGUCAACUAAUCACCACCAUCCCUGGCCUAAGGCACGUGCUGGCUGAUGGUAGGCUAGUGGUAGGUGCUCGACGGUCACUUGUAGAUGCCGGUGGUGGUGGUAGCAGUUCCUUAUUACGAUGCAGGGCUUCCAACAGAGCUGGUGUCACACUGUCCAGACCUAUGUUACUACAAGCAGUGGAAGACAACGUGUUAUCACAUAUUGUGAGACAGCUGAUGCCAGCGAAGGUUGGAGGUGCUGUUUUGCUCCGUUGUGAACUGUCACCACAAUUGGGGUUGGUAGACGUUACAUGGCUUCAAGAUGGUUUGCCAUUAUCAUCAGGAUAUAUGGGAGCCGAUACACGGUGGGUGGCUGGGGCUGGCUUGUUACUUGGCUCGGAUUUAACGCAAGCUGAUAUACAAGCGGAAUAUUCAUGUUUGGCGCUUGAUGUCCCUAGCCCGUCUUUGAAACUUACAACAGAUGAUAGUAGUUGGCUGGAAAAUAUUGAAGUUAAUUCUAUUGAAGCUCGUAUUGGAGAUACAGUCUUAGUGCCGUGUAUUUUAAGACAUAUCAAUAAACAUACUAUUAUUUGGCAGAGACAGGAAGCAAACGGUGUGUGGAUAACCGCUACUGAGGGUGUUGUUCGUGGAGGUACACUUAUUUUGCCCAAUGUACGCGCUCACCAUGCCGUACGAUACGCUUGCUCAGCAGGCACUGAAACCUCACCUCGUGUUAUUGUACGACUAGUUUUAUACGAACCUUUAACAGUUUCAGUCACUCCUAAUCCAUUGAUGCUCGGGACUGGUGGUAGCGGUAGUUUUAAUUGCUCAGUUAAUGGAGGCAGAGGUGGAGGGGUUACUAUAAGCUGGCAACAUGAAGGACGUCCUUUACACUCUCCUCAACCGCGACUAGCUUUAGGGCCAGUUCGCUUACACCACGUUGGGAUGUACCAAUGCACUGCGUUUGAUCAUUCGGAUUCCGCUGUAGCUGGAGCUGAAUUAGUUAUAGCUGACAGACCACCCAGAUUGGUAUCUGCAUUUAGUGAAGCAAUAACGCGCAUAGGUCAAACAAUCGCAUUUAGAUGUGCAGCGACGGGAAUUCCGCCACCGAGAAUUUUGUGGACUUUAGACAAUAGACCGUUGCCAGCAGCACCCGAAAAGUAUAGUGUCAAUACUAGAGCUGAAACAGUACCUGGAGGAGAAGAGGGAAUGAUAGUAUCUACUUUGAGUAUAACUAUCAGAAGUGCUGAUGAAGGCGGUAGAUAUGGAUGUAAUGCGUCUAAUUCUGGAGGAUUUCAGGCACAUCAUGCUCGACUCAACGUUUUUGGCCCACCGAAUAUACGAUAUUUACCUCCAAUGCACAUCAAAACUGAUAGCGAUGUAACUUUAUACUGUCCUUAUUCGGGUUAUCCUUUAAAAGAGGUAGUUUGGCGUCGUGAAGAUGGUUCUUUAUUGGAUGGUCCUAUUGAAAGCAACGAUGAGAAAGGCAUGUUGAGAUUAACCUCAGUUAGAAACGCAGUAUCAGGAAGUUAUACUUGCGAAGUUAGAGCUGAAAGUGGAGAACUUGCAAGAAGAACUGUUAGAAUUGAAGUACAUAAACCUCCUAAAAUAGCGCCGUUUCAGUUCCCAGAAGAAUUAGAGGUUGGAGGUAGUACACAGGCUACUUGCAGUUUGGUGUCUGGAGAUAAACCGAUUCAGUUUUCUUGGCAUAAAGAUAAUUUACCUAUUCCGUCAACAUUGAAGGUUGAACAAAAAAAUAUGGACUUUUUUACAAUAUUAGUCAUCCAAGACCUAAAUUCAAUGCAUAGCGGAGAAUACUCAUGCAAAGCCACAAACGACUUUGGUUCUGUAAGCCAUAGCGCAUCUUUGAUAGUUAAAGAACCUCCGACUUGGGUUUGGCGACCUCAGAAUACUUCGGUGUCCGCCGGUGCAGCCGUUCUUCUCCCUUGUUCAGCUAAAGGACAACCAAUGCCUAGAAUAUCUUGGGAAUUCACCACAGAGGGAGAAAACUGGCGUCAUAUUCUUUGGAGUCAAAGUGAAUCGGCAACUGCCAGCGAGGGUUCUAUUUUAUCAGAUGGUACUGUGUGGUUAAGAGCAGCGACACCAGAACAUGAGGGCUGGUAUCGUUGCACAGCUCGUGUCCAGCAUUCAUUUCUUCAUCAUUCCUUUUUUCUUGACGUUAGGGAACCCCCAAAACUGACAAGAGGGGGUGCGGGAGAAACGAGAUGGGUCGUUCGUGGUUCAACCGCAAGACUCACUUGCACUGUGCGCGGAGAGCCAGAAAUACAUGUCCAUUGGACUCAUGAUUCCAGGCCACUUACGUUACACGGUUCAGGAGGGGUUGAAAUGAGAGAUCUAGGAAAUGGUGCAAUGACUUCGGAAAUAACCAUAACUCAUGCGGGUCCGGAACAUGCAGGCGAUUAUCGAUGCAUGGCGAGGAAUCUUUAUGGAACUGACGAGCUGCUAUUCAGGCUUUUUGUAAAAGAGAGACCAAAUACGCCAGAAGAGGUGCGAAUAUCAGAGGUAUGGUCGCGUAAAGCUCGGGUUACAUGGCGAGUCGCUCGGGGGGCGUUUGUAUCACACUAUUCACUACAAUACCGACCGCUCUCGAUGGAUCUUACGAACGCCCCGCUUAAUGCUCCACUCCCCACUUUGCUAGACACCUGGGAAUCAUCAGAAGUUCUCAACAUGACACUCGCUAAUUCAGACUUACUUCAUAUCGCAACUGAAGGUCCAAAUCGAGCCGGUGCAUCGCUAGGGGGUCUUUCUCCUGAUACGCGCUAUGUCUUAAGACUGGCUGCGUAUAACGAUGUUGGAGCGUCCUCAUACACACAGCCCCUUCAUUUCACUACACGCGAAGAAGCGCCCGGAGGAGUUCCCCGUGACAUCACGGUACGUGCGCUUCGAGCGAGAGAGCUUCAAGUCACGUGGCAGCCACCGCCAAGAGAAACUUGGCAUGGUACUCUCUUAGGAUAUACGAUUCGUUGGUGGGAAGCUUCUGAAGAAGGCAAGGGCGCUAGUGAUACAGGUUCUGAGAGUGGAGCUAGCGCUGAUGCCACAAGCACUACUCUCAGGGGUCUUAAAUCGGCUACUAGAUAUGGGGUCACCAUAAGGACGUACAACGCUGCCGGAACUGGUCCAUUAUCUCCGCCCCAUUACCGACACACACUGGAAUCACCUCCAACCGGCGGCCCAGAAGAUGUAACCUGCACAUCCAGUAGUUCAACGUCACUUCGCGUUUCAUGGCGACCUCCAAAUAUUGAUGUUAGAGGGGGACAAAUUACACAUUACACGUUACAAUACACAAGAAGAGACUCUGAUCCAUUGCUACCGACCCAGGAUGCUCAUUUGAGAGUACAAGGCGAGGACACAACAAUAUCUCGUUUGACAUCAUACGCUGAGUAUGAAAUACGAGUUCGAGCUCACAACGCUGCUGGAGAUGGUCCUCUCUCCGCUCCGAAAGUUUGUAAGACCGAUGAAGAUGUGCCAAGUGCGCCCGGGGGCAUGAAAUUGAUUGCUCUCAGUGAACGGUCACUCAGGGCAUCCUGGCUGCCACCACUGGAGCCAAACGGAAAGCUCACCCAUUAUUCGCUUUACGUCAAAGAUCUAUCAGGGACUCAAGAAGCCAACGUGACACGUGUGAACGCAUGCACAGAGGGAGACAAUAUGGUAGAAUGUAUGAAAUCCCUACGUGGUUUACGCGCCGGAAGAACUUAUGAGGCCUGGGUUAGAGCUGCUACAAGUGUUGGCGAAGGACCCCCAUCGUCUGUUAUUGCUUGUCAAACUAGUGCUCUAGCUCCAGCCCGGAUAUCGUCAUUUGGGGGUAUUGCAGUCGGAGCAGCUGGUACGUCAUUAUCUCUUCGUUGUGUUGUUGGAGGAGUUCCUCCACCCGCUAAACGAUGGUUGAGAGGUGGCAAUCCAUUACAUCCUCGAAACCCCUUUCAUUUGGAUGGCGAUGCCCUAUUAAUACGAACAUUGGAACUAUCACAUGCAGACAACUAUACAUGUGUGGCAGAAAAUCCACAUGGUUCAGAUUCUGUCACUUGGAGACUAUAUGUUUUACGACCACCGACCCCUCCAGGUUUAGCUUUGUUAGAAGCUAAAUCAAGGGAAUUGGAAUUAGAUCUUCGACCGGCUCCUAAACUUCAAGGUCAUGCCUUAUCAAAAGCAUACACGCUACAUUGGCGACUGUCUGCACCAGAGGGUGAGUGGCGUGUGCAAUCUGCAAGUCCCGGACCGGUAAUAUUGACAGGACUUAGAUGUGGCUCGGCGUACAGAGCAUAUGGGUCUGCUGGUGGAGCACCGGGUGCUGAAAUAUCAAUUCGAACUUCUGGGGGUCCUCCUACUGCACCACCAGAUACAAGAUGGAUUAGAACGAAUGCGACUCAUGCUAGAUUUGAUACAAGUACUUGGUCUGAUGGUGGCUGUGGACCAGUUACUUUGAAACUGGAAUGGGCUGGUUCGGGAAUUACUGGUGCUAGAGACGUACCGGUUGGAGGAGAAGUAAUUUUAGGAGGUUUGACUCCGGGAUCAAGAUAUCGGGUCGCUGCUCGGGCAUCAAAUGAAGCUGGAUGGACUAGAGAAGUGUAUGAAUUCACAACUACACCAGCUGAGGGUAGUUAUUCCGAGGAAGUGGAUGCUCCUUUUCCUGCAACUGCAGGCGAGCUAGCUUUGUUGUUAGCUCUUUGCGCAGCGUUAUCUCUAGCAGCGCUUACUAUAUUAGCAAUUCUUUUAAGGAGAAAAAGAGGUGAAGGUGCAGUUGCUCGUGUAAUCACCAGUGACAAACCAGGUUGUGGUACAUACAGACCUCCCCCUCAUCCAACACCUAAGCUACCUCCUGACCCACCAGAUGUGUAUGAAAUCAGUCCUUACGCGACGUUUGCGGGUGGUGACGGUUUAGGUGUGGGUAGCGGUUCGCGGGCAUAUACACUACAACUUCGUGCUUUAGCGCGACACGAAGACGAUGCAGCUCCACCUACCCAUCCAUCGUGUUGUGAUGAAGAGACCUGUUUAGAUGCCUGUGAGGCUCAACGACGACGAAGAAGAAGACGUCACUACUGUCAAGAUCAUGGUUGCUCACAAGACUCAGGGAGUUGA